AUGUCUGUCCAGAAGUCUGGGCUAAAAGCCCAGAGACUGCAUCUUCUCUUCGUCAUUCCGCUCGAAUACAUAUGGGAACUGUAUAGACUACCUCUACUCUGUUCAGUCUCUAUCUAUUGCGACCUUGUCAUCAGCCUGGGCGCAUACGGAGGUCUAGGGCCCAUGACCAAUGCCAUCCUCUGGGUGGAAUUCGUUAUAUUCUCCGUCUUCGUCGGGCUACGGCUCUACACACGAAAAGAAAUCCUGAAUGCCGUUGGCCCUGACGAUUAUCUAACUGUUAUUGCGCUGGCCGUCCAUAUCCUCUACACCAUCUUCGUCACCAUAGCCACCACCUACAGUCUAGGACGACUCUUCGCUGAAGCUGAAUAUCCAGCCACCUAUUUCACAGCUGUCAAGAAACUGGCUGUCGGCAUGCUUCUUCUUCGGAUCGUGCAGAAUAAAACCCAGAUCUGGUUUAUCUGGUUGUGCAUUGCGGCUACUGUUCCCAUUAUUGUAUUCUCUACCGUUACGGUUAUUGUACAGUGUGUGCCGGUUGAGAAGAGCUGGAAUCCAACGGUGCCAGGAUCAUGUUGGCUGGAUUUCUCCAAGGUUGGAUAUACUGUUGGAUCGUGGUUCGUCGCCGCCGACUUCUCCUUUGCCAUUCUUCCGUGGUUCGUCCUUUGGAAGCUGAAAAUGAAGCGGAAGGAAAAGAUCACCAUUGCCUGUGGUCUCAGCCUUGGUGUAUUCACUGGAGUAUGCGGCAUCAUCCGCACUGUAGCACUCUCCGUUUUGAGUGCAUCCGAGUACAUCUAUACGUCCUCUCUAUUCUCUUUAUUCAACCUCUAG